AUCCAAUUUUUCUCUCACUAAAGUUCACUCUUGAGAUAGAGUAAGAAAUAUAAUUCGGACUGAGGAGAUUUACCCGGUCUAGGUCAUACUUUGUGUUCUUGUUGUGUGUUUUAUAUUACGGGUCUAGUGUGUCCAGGCUCUACAGGGCUAUCAACAGGUGAUGGCCAUGAUGCAACAGGCAGGGGGCUUCAUGCCGUUUGCCUAUCCUGGCAUGACGCCACCAAUCAUGCCACCUCCGGUGUCGACCCCGUCGACAUUUGUCCCUAGGAUGGUCCCUAUACGCCCGGUGAAUCUGACGGGGACCAUGAAUGAAGCAGCGCCCUCAAAUGUCCAUGAAAUCGAUGAGGCGGAGCAGGAGGUGGCCCGCAGGAGGAAGGGUAAGGCUAUAGCCAAACCCAGCAAGACUCGAGAUUCGGCGUUCAAACGCCUAGGGGACAAAGAGGAUGGACCCCGCAAGUCUGCCAAGCUACGUCUUGGUCCUGAGAUGGGCCGGAGUAGCGCAAUGGAAAGACUUGGCGGGAGUCGUCACGCCCAAUCUCGUCGGAGCGUAGCAAGGAAGUUACGUGCCCUGGAGGAAAAGGUGGAAGAGAAGGCAGGAGCGAAAAAGCACACCUUGGCUAAAUCUCCCUUUUCGGCCAGGGUACAUGCGCAGAGGUUGAGGCGGAAGAUUAAGAUGGACUUGGAGAAAUUCACAGGAAAGGAGGAUCCAAACGUCCACCUUGACACCUUCCACAAUGCAGCACAGAUGGCCGGGUGCACUUAUGCUGAGGAAUGCCUACUCUUCUUCUCAUCCUUGAGAGGGAGGCCAGUGGAAUGGUUUAACGGCCUUCCCCAUGGCAGGAUUGGGUCCUUUGAGAAACUUGCCGAAGUUUUCCGCAAGAAGUACCAGGACAAUUGCAUCAAGAGGAAGAAGUUCACCUACCUUAACACGUCGGGUGACCUCUACACCGAAUUCUGUAGGAGGCCACCCUCCUCUUACCAAGAAGCCUACAAUACGGCAUGGGAAUACGCCGAGGCGGAGGUCUUGAACAAGAGCAAGCGGGAGCUGGAGGAAGGUUAUACAAAGGUGAAAUCCGACAAGCCGAAGAAGGACGACCAGAUGGGAGGGUCCAAGCCAAAGGCCACAUAUGACGGAUCUGUCCAUCAAAUAAGGGAUGAGAAGAAGGGAGAACAACCUAAGAGGCCUUGGACAGAGAAGUGGUGUACCUACCACCAAUCUGACUCCCACAAUACGGCGGAUUGUCGGAAUGUCAAGGCUGUGCUCAAGGAGAUGGCCUUGAAGGGAGAGCUUGGGGAAGAUGCUUUAAAGAAAUUGAAGCUUGAAAGGUCCAUGCUAAGACCGCUACAAACUCCAUUGUCAAGCUUCACUGGAGCUAGCAUAGAAGCGGAAGGUCAGAUCACCUUACCGGUUACCUUGGGGUUAGGUAACAGGACAGUGACCAAACAAAUGAGAUUUGUUGUGGUCGACAUCAAGUGUGUACAUAAUGCCACUCUUGGUAGACCUAGAAUCAACCAGGUCAGGGCUAUUAUUUCCAUGGCACACUUAUGCAUGAAGUUUUACACUCCCAAAGGAAUCGGGGAGGAAAGGGGUGAUCAAAAGAACGCCCGGUCCUGCUACCUGGAAGUAGUCAAGAAGAUGACCCGCCAGUUCGAACAAAUUGAACUGGUCUCCCAGCAGGAAGAGUUAAGGACUGAGAUUGUCCAGGUGCUGACCAGGUAUAAAUCUUUGUUUGCCUGGAGUGUUGCUGAUAUGCCCGGGAUGGACCGGUCAGUCAUUUGCCAUCGUCUCUCUGUUCUUGAGGGGUCUAGGCUUGUAAGACAGAAGAAGAGAUUCUUGGCAAGUGAUAGGAGGGACUUUGUGAAGAAAGAGGUCAAGGACCUACUUGAGGAAGAAGAACCGGCCAGGGCCAUCACUGAGCUUUGGUGGUCCAUGUCGGUCGACGGAGCCUCUGGACCAAAAGGUUAUGGGGGAGGUGUGGUAUUCACAACUCCGGAAGGGUUUAAGGUAUAUCAUGCCUUGAUUUUUAAUUUCAAGCUCACAAACAAUGAGGCCGAGUAUGAGGCGUUGAUAGGGGGCCUGAGAUUGGCCAAAACCCUACAAAUCACAUGCCUCAGGAUCAAGUCCGAUUCAAGCUUGGUGGUAGGCCACAUCAAUGGCAACAUAGAGGCCAAAGGAGAGAAGAUGCAGAAGUAUAGAGACUUGGCAAGGGCAUUAUUGAAGGACCUGACUGAGUAUGUGAUGGAGCAAAUCCCUAGGGGGGAGAACACCGAUGCUGACUUACUAUCAAAGUUGACGCAAGCAGCCCUGGAGCAUGUGUCCACGCUGGCCAGGAUUGAGACGCUGGAGAAAGCCAGCAUUGAAGGGUUUUCUGUUAACGUGAUAGAAGAAGAUGGACAGGCCAAUCCAGAUCGAGUGGAGCCAGAUGACAUUUGGAUGGAUGAUCUGGUCAGGUAUUACAUGACCGGGCAAUUCCCUGAAGAUGAGGACAGGGUGAGAAAAGUAAAGUUGAGGGCUCCAAGAUUCCAAAUGCUCGAUGGAAGGUUAUACAAAAGAGCAUUCGGUGGUCCAUUGCUAAGGUGCUUGACCAGGGAAGAGGCGGAAAGAGUGAUCGCCGAAGUUCAUGAGGGUGUCUGCGCCGCCCACCAAAUGUCCAGGACGCUCGCGUAAAGGAUCAUUUUGCUAGGUUAUUUCUGGACUACAAUGAACCAAGAUUGCGAGAGGUAUGUCCAGAAGUGCAAGAUUUUCCAGUCUUUAAAACACCUUUGAUUAAUAUAUACAUUUUUGGGUUGAUCUCAAAUGUUUAUAUAUACUUAUGUAUAUAUAUAUAUAUAUAUUAACUUUAUGGAUUUGGUAUAUUUUGGUCUUAACACAAAGAUGACUAAUAUAUGUGUCACAUAUAUAUUUUGGGAUGAUUUCAACAUAUGGAUUAACAUAUAUGUUCAUGUACGUAUGUGAUGAAUGAUUCGACAAGUCUAACGCAAAGGUACAGACCUGGAAAUCAUCGGCCGAAACCUUACGGAUGAGCGGGAGUGGAAACAACAUCGAAAUUCACCAACUUUGUCAUUCCCGUCACAAUUGGACAGCCUGCGGUAUUUUGAGCAUAUCUCCAUCGUUUCUUCACGGAAUUGCAAACCGUUUGAUUUUAUGGAUUCCUAAGACGUAAGGCUACAACUUUCGUGAAGAAACCAUGUUAACAUAAUGUGUUUAAAGUGGUCAAAUAUAGCUCACAAGUGGACUCAUAGUUGCUGCCAGGAUUUUGGAUGUUCUAACGAACAACGAUUCCGACGAUUAUCUCAUUAACUCCAAUAUUCUAACGCCGAACCUUCUCUACGAUACAUUCAGGAUGUUCCUAAUAAGUGUUAGAGAGUUUAUGGUAUGUUCUUGGAAUGAAACAAUAUGAAUUUGGUGAAGAAAAUGGUCCAACCCGAGGAGCUCGCCACCACUGGCGCAGUCCCGGUAUUUUGGCCAUAUCUUCUUCGUUACUCAACGAAAUCGCGAGCCGUUUGUUGGGAUGGAUUUGUAUUGUCCGGGGCUACAACUUUGGUAUAAUAAACAUUUUGAUAAAAUGAACGGAAAAUUUUAGAAUUGACUCACAAGUGGACUGAUUGUUUUAUGCUCAGGAUUUUGGGAACCUUGAUACUUCUUCUAUUUCUCCUUCUUCUUUCUUAGCUCAACAAUGGAGAUGGAGUCUCCUUUCUUCUUCCUUGAGGGAUGGCCGACAGAGAGAGAGAAUGGAUAGGGGAGAGAUGAGAGGAUGGUGGGACAUGAUGAUAAUGAAGAUAAUUGUGGUGG